UGUGUCAAAUUAUGUCAGUGUCAAAUUAAUCAACCGCUGUGUGUUGCUGCGUUGAUUACUUCGUGACGUAGAUUUUAUAAUAAUUUCCAUUUAAAAUUCCGUUUUCCAUUACCGGGAUUCGGGAGUGUGCCUGUGCCUUCGAUUAGUGGUUAAAAAAAGUUAAAAUCAACAUGGCCGCCACGAACAACCCGUACGAUCAUCUGCUGAAGACCAUAGAGAUUGAUGGCAAGCAAUUCAAGUAUUAUGACGUCACCGGACUUGGGGAGAAGUAUGACCGUCUUCCCUACUCCGUGAGGGUACUCCUGGAGUCCUGUGUGAGGAACUGCGAUGGUUUCCAAGUGCUGCAGAAGGAUGUCCAGAACGUCCUGGACUGGGAGACCAACCAGGCGGUUGGGGGCGUCGAGAUCGCCUUCAAACCAGCCAGGGUCAUUCUGCAGGAUCUGACGGGUGUCCCAGCAGUAGUAGACUUCGCAGCCAUGCGUGAUGCUGUGAAGGAUCUUGGUGGGGACCCUCAGAAGAUCAACCCCAUAUGUCCAGCUGAUCUGGUCAUUGAUCACUCCGUGCAAGUCGAUUUUGCUAGGAGCCCAGACGCCCUGAACAAGAACCAGGAGUUGGAGUUUGAGAGGAACAAGGAGCGGUUCCAGUUCCUCAAGUGGGGGGCGCAGGCCUUCGACAACAUGCUGAUCGUGCCGCCCGGCUCCGGUAUCGUGCACCAGGUGAACCUGGAAUACCUGGCUCGCGUGGUGUUCAGCAAGGACCUGCUUCACCCCGACUCCGUGGUGGGCACCGACAGUCAUACCACCAUGAUCAACGGGCUCGGAGUCGUCGGGUGGGGGGUUGGUGGAAUCGAAGCUGAAGCUGUGAUGUUGGGACAGGCCAUCAGUAUGUUGCUGCCUAAAGUGGUCGGAUAUAAACUCGUCGGGGAAUUGAACCCGCUAGCCACCUCCACCGAUCUGGUCCUUACUAUCACUAAGCACCUCCGCUCCCUAGGCGUAGUCGGCAAGUUCGUCGAGUUCUACGGUCCGGGCGUCUCCGCCCUCAGCAUAGCGGACCGCGCGACGGUAGCGAACAUGUGUCCCGAGUUCGGUGCCACGGUCGCGCACUUCCCCGUCGACGAGCGGUCGCUGCAGUACCUGUGUCAGACUAACCGGUCUCAGGAGAAGAUAGCGAUCAUCGAGGCGUACCUGCGCGCCACCAAGCAGUUCCGAGACUACAACAAUCCGGACCAGGAUCCCAUCUUCUCUGAGGUUGUAGAGUUGGACCUGUCGACAGUAGUGACAUCUGUGAGCGGACCGAAGCGUCCCCAGGACAGAGUCUCCGUCUCCGUCAUGAAGAAAGACUUCCAGGAGUGCUUAACCAAUAAGGUCGGCUUCAAAGGCUACGGUCUGUCACCAGCGAACCUCUCAGCGUCAGGCAGCUUCAGCUACAGCGAUGGCAAGACGUACACCAUCACCCACGGGUCCGUCAUCAUAGCUGCCAUCACUUCCUGCACCAAUACUUCCAACCCCAGUGUUAUGUUGGGCGCUGGUCUCCUAGCCAAGAAGGCAGUGGAGAAUGGCCUGAGCGUGCUGCCUUACAUCAAGACUUCUCUGUCACCGGGAUCUGGAGUGGUCACCUAUUACCUCAGGGAAUCCGGCGUAGUCCCUUACCUAGAGAAGCUAGGUUUCAACAUCGUCGGCUACGGAUGCAUGACGUGCAUCGGCAACUCCGGACCCAUUGAUGAUAACAUUGCUAAUACUAUUGAGAAGAACGAGCUGGUAUGCUGCGGUGUCCUCUCAGGAAACCGUAACUUCGAGGGCCGCAUCCACCCCAACACGCGAGCUAACUACCUCGCCUCGCCGCUGCUCGUCAUCGCGUACGCUCUCGCCGGCACUGUGGACAUCGACUUCGAAACACAACCUUUGGGCACCCGUGCAGACGGCAGCCCGGUGUACCUGCGCGAGAUCUGGCCGACGCGCGCCGAGAUACAGGAGGUCGAGAACAGGCACGUUAUUCCUGGGAUGUUCAAGGAGGUAUACGCCAAGAUCGAGUUGGGCUCGCCGUCCUGGCAGGCGCUGGACGUGCCCCAAGGCAAGCUGUACGGCUGGGACCCCAACUCCACCUAUAUCAAGAGACCGCCGUUCUUCGAUGGCAUGACCAGGGCCCUGAACCCCCGUCAAGGCGUGCAGAACGCGCGCUGCCUGCUCCUGCUGGGCGACUCGGUGACCACGGACCACAUCUCCCCCGCCGGCUCCAUCGCCAGGAACUCGCCCGCCGCACGCUUCCUCGCCGACCGAGGUCUAACCCCCCGCGAGUUCAACUCGUACGGGUCGCGGCGCGGCAACGACGCUAUAAUGUCGCGCGGCACGUUCGCCAACAUUCGGCUCGUCAACAAGAUGGCGCCCACUCCCGGGCCCAAGACCACGCACCAUCCCAGCGGGGAUGUCAUGGAUAUAUUUGAUGCUGCUGACAGAUACGCCUCUGAGAAUGUACCUCUUAUCGCAGUGGUUGGCAAGGACUAUGGAUCGGGUUCGAGUCGGGACUGGGCCGCCAAGGGACCUUAUCUACUUGGUAUCCGCGCAGUAAUAGCGGAAUCGUUCGAGCGCAUCCACCGCUCCAACCUAGUCGGUAUGGGCAUUGUACCGCUGCAGUUUGUAGACGGACAGAAUGCUGAAACUCUUGGACUGGACGGCAGCGAGAUUUACAGCAUCGACCUGCCUGAGGAUAUUGCGCCCGGACAGAUUAUUACUGUCAAGGUGAACAACGGUACAACAUUCCCAGUGAAAGUACGUUUCGACACGGAGGUCGACCUCACGUACUUCAAGAACGGCGGCAUCCUCAACUACAUGAUCAGGAAGAUGUUGUAAUGUCAUAUGUAACAAUGUGACAUCGUGUUACAUUGUCAUAUGUAACAAUAUGACAUCGUGUUACAUUGUCAUAUGUGACAAUAUGACGUCGUGUUACAUUGUCAUAUGUGAUGUUACAGAGUCAUUGUUAAAUAUGACAUUGUGUUACAUUGUCAUAUAUGAUGUUACGUAAUGUCAUAUGUAACAAUAUGACAUCGUGUUACAUUUUCAUAUAUGAUGUUACGUAAUGUCAUAUGUAACAAUAUGAUAUCGUGUUGCAUUGUCAUAUAUGAUGUUACGUAAUGUCAUAUAUAACAAUAUGACAUCGUGUUACAUUGUCAUAUAUGAUGUUACGUAAUGUCAUAUGUAACAAUAUGACAUCGUGUUACAUUGUCAUAUUUGAUUUUAUGUAAUGUCAUAUGUAACAAUACGACAUCGUGUUACAUUGUCAUAUAUGAUGUUAUGUAAUGUCAUAUAUAACAAUAUUACAGCGUGUUACAUUGUCAUAUAUGAUUUUACAUAAUGUCAUAUAUAACAAUAUUACAUCGCGUUACACCGUCAUAUAUGAUGUUACGUAAUGUCAUAUGUAACAAUAUGACAUCGUGUUACAUUGUCAUAUGUGAUGUUACGUAAUGUCAUAUAUGACAUCGUAUUACAUUGUCAUAUAUAACAAUAUGACAUCGUGUUACAUUGUCAUAUAUGAUUUUACAGAGUCAUAGUUAAAUAUGAAGCCAUUUUUAUAUGAAGAUGUAUGAAGCAAACACAUGACUUAAUUUAUACUACUUGUAGUUUCAUUUAAGUCAUAUGAGUGAUCUCCAUACUGUUUGAAUAUUCUUUAUGAUUAUAAUGUUUAUUGUCAUAUUCUAUAAUUUACUACUAUUGUCAUAUAAGAUAUUCAAGGCUCAAAGUUAAGUAUGGGAUCAUCUUUAACUGUGAUUCUGAACAUGUUACAAUGUCAUAUAUAAAUAUGACAAGAUGUUAUAUUGUCAUAUAAUGUUUAGUUUUAAGAUUAAGAGAUGGUAUAAGGGAUUUUUUUUAUUAUUUAUAAAUUAAAUAUCAACAAAAUGUAAUUUAAAUAUUUACGGGAACAUUUGAAUUUAAUUAAAUUACAUUUGAAUAAGAACAAAUAUAAUAUAAUAUUGUUUUUUUUUUACCUGUACCCCAGACAAGGGGUCUCGGGUCCGAUUCUCGUGUCGGGCAAAGUAUUACUGGGCUUUUUUUCGGUUUCUCGAAAAUUUCUCAGUAGUAGCACGGAGUCUGGAAUUGUGUCCAGUAUAUGGCAAUAGACUCACCCCCUGUUACAUGGGACUUAUAACACAAAUGGUGAAAAGAUGUACAUAUUUUGUAUAGCGACAAUACUUGCCGUAAUGUGCACCUCUGCCUACCCCUUCGGGGAUAAAAGACGUGACGUUGUAAAAAAUAUAUAUUCAAGCCCUAGUUUCCAGGAUAUAAACUAUCUAUGUAACAAUACAAUCAUGUAUAGAUUAUAAGUAAACGAAUAUAUUUGUUAUAUUUUGUUA